AUGUCGUACCACAAUAGAACUUCUCCUGAACAACUAAAAAUCUUGGAUGGUACAAUAUCAACGACAAUAAAUGAGAAACCAUCGGGUCUAAGCCGCACCCUGCAGAACCUGCUGAUCGCCCCGCAGCCUAAGAGUGUGGGCGGGACAACCUAUUCGCCCAGAGGAACCCGCAGCCCAGUCGAGCCACUCGUAUCCUCGCCUUUGCGCAUCAGUUCUUCAGAUAUGGCAUCCGCUCCAAGUUCACCGGAGAGACACACUGCAAAUCGCGAGGCUCUUCCUCGUAGAUCAUCCGACCAGGCUGUUGACACUGUUCGCUCAACCUCGCGUCGCCUGAGUAUUAACGAUGGUGCAAAAUCUGAUGUCGCUUCUACUUCUCUAGAGCAGCCACAUGUCAAAAAGCGAUUUUUGCAGGCUCGAGAUAGGUCCCAGAGCCGCAAGGGGGUGGCUGCCAUAAUGUCUGGCCGUCUGUUCCCGAGAAGCUUUUCCCGUGGCAGAGACAGAGACUCGUCACGGGGACCUUCCCAGCGUGGAUCGUCUGUUGAUGCCCAUUCUACUCCUUCACCGGAGCGGGGUCGCCCCAGUUCCUCCGGUAGUCAUUCUGUUCAUGUUGAAACUUUAACACCCGCCCCUGUUAAUUCAGGAAAGUCGUUUGUCAUGCACGAUACAUUCAACAAGUCAGACGAGGCAUUAGCUAAACCCCAUGGAAGCCUCCCUGAUUAUAUCAAACCGACAGCUGUGGAGGAGGGAGGAGAGCGACUAGCCAAGGACGUUUUCGAUCGCGACAAGAACAUGAUCGAAAGUAGUGAAGACGAAGAUACUUCGAGCGACGAAGACAGCACUCUGGAUGGUGAACGAGGCCGCAAGAAAAAGAAGCACUCGGAUAUCACAUCUAUAACGCCAAGCGACUUUGAGAAAUCCAACAAUUCCAAGCAGUCCGAAGAACAAAAAGCUUCCGAAAAUUACAGUGCACGACAGGAAAAGAAACCGCGAAAAUCUGCUUUGAAAGCUGUGGUCCAUCCACAGACUAGUUUCGACAUCCCCACCCCGCGUGUUCAGUCAGUGGCUGGCACACCUUACGGCUCAGAGGAUGAAGCCGAGAUCGGUGACAUCCAUCGUGCACAGAAACUCGGCAUUUCCAUGUCAGCUAUUGAUAACGGUGUUCACAACCGAUCCAUCCGAACAAUUGUCCGCGGGAACUUUUCAACUCCGCAGGAUGAUGGGAGCCGUCGUCGCCGUCGGAAAUAUUUAAUCGCGACUGACUUGAGCGAAGAGUCAGUCUAUGCCCUGGAAUGGACCAUCGGGACGGUUCUGAGAGAUGGAGACACGAUCUUCGCCAUCUACGCCAUACACGAGGACUCCACUACCACAUCAGCGGUCCAGGUCGGCGAAGGGGCCAAAGUGAUGAAAGAUGCAACGGCCGUCGUUGGGACCCAGACAAAAGAAGCAAACCAGAAUUAUGCAUCCCGUACGAUCCUAGGUCGGCUGGGCCCUGGUACUGCUAGCAAGACACAUUCUGCUGAUUCUCGGGCAUCGUCAAUAGCCGAGGCGGAACGGGUGAGAGCAGUUGAGACUGUGUCUCAGACUUGUGUGAACUUGCUACGGAAAACAGUCUUGCAGGUCCGUAUUGCCGUGGAAGUGAUCCACUGCAAGAACCCGAAGUCUAUGAUCACUGAAGCUAUUGAUGAACUUGAGCCCACACUUGUUAUUGUGGGUGCGCGAGGUCAGAGUGCACUAAAAGGUGUCCUUCUUGGCUCAUUCUCGAACUAUCUUCUUUCUAAUUCCUCUGUGCCGGUAAUGGUUGCACGCCGAAGAUUGAAGAGGCAUACAUGGAAAGAAAAGCUCAAGGGAACUGCGAAUGUGCGCUUAUCCAACAAUCUAAUUACGCCGAAGAGUCUAUCUCAAGCCAAAGUGGACUGA